CACACUACCAUCAACAGCAAUUAAUUAGUUCCCAGAUCUAGUAGUCUGUUCGAACGGGAAGGAAUGUGAACUGUAACCGGGUCGGAUUCCAUUCAAAUUAUCCAAAACUACGUCGGGAACUGCCGCGGAGCGAAAGGAUGGCAUCUACUAGAACCAAGGUCAAGUUUAACAAAACGUCCUGCUAUUUCUGCAACGAAUGGUUCGAAAACGAUGAAAUUGAGACUCAUCUAACCAUCUGCGGCCAGGAGCUGGAGCAGUGCCCCAACAACUGUGGAGCCCGUGUUGCCAAGCGGGACAUGGACCGACACCUGAAUCGCUGCCCGGAAGGGUUUGGCGAAGAACCUCGUGUGAAUGGACUGGGCGGUGACGGAGGCGGCGACGGCGCAGACACUCCCAGCUUCGAGCGGGAAAAGAUUCACGAGUUGGAGCGGGAAAUUUUUGCUCUUCGUGGAACCCUGAAUGAAGAGAUUCGUCAACGGUUGACCCUCAUCACCGAUAUCGGUCAGUUGAAGAAACGGGCCCAGCUGGCAGAUGAGUGGACCGGUAAGGUGGGGGAUGUGCUGAACGCUCUGAAGAAGUGUAUCAACGAGGAAACGGAAAGUCGCUGUGUGGAUAUCGAAAGGUGUAAGAUGGAUAUUAAUGGGCUGCUGAAACAGUACAAGGAAAUAGAAAAGUGGCGGUUGGAACUUACCACACGAUUCAACAAAAUCGAGGAAGGGGUUGGAAAAGACCGACAAUCACAUCAGCCAGCGGCGGAUGGUGGAAAAACCAAAGAUGCGAAAAUGGUGCUGAUUGAAAGUCGCUUAAACCAUGUUCAAUCGCAGUUGGAAAAUCUUGCACUCAAACAAGCACCGACCGGUGAGCAGCGGAUGCAGUCGGAUGGAAAUAUCGUCGCUGACCACCAGGCACGGGCUGCCAUCGAAGAGAUAGAGAACAAGCUGCAGACAGUCGAUAUGGUUCUCGAGGAUCAUCACAAUUCGAUUCGUAUCUUCCAGCAGGACAUCAAACAGCAGAUAUUCGAACUACGUGGCGAAUCGGACCCGAUGCGACUGGUCAUCCAGGAGAUGCUGGACAAACAGGCCAAACUGGACUACGAACUGAAGGGGGUAUUGAACACGGUCAACGAGACGGAGGACACCAGCGAUCGUACACAGAAAACGCUGGAAAAGUACCGUCGCGAAACGUACUACACGAAGCAGUGUCUAGACGAUCUGCAGACACACCUUCAGCAUCAGGAGAAGCUUGUGGUAAUCCAGAACACGGACGGCUGUCUGAUCUGGCGGAUUGAUCAGUUCGAUAAGCGAUUUAAGGAAUCACAGGAGACGGAGGUGAUGCUGAAGAGUCCGUUGUUUUGCAAUAAACCGUUCGGGUAUACAUUGAGGCUGGAGGCAAGCCUGAACGGCAUCGGUACCUGGCGGGGGCGCAACCUGAUCGUGGGUCUCAUCGUGGUUUCUGGCUACUACGACAAUUUGCUGGAGUGGCCUUGUACCAUCGUUGGUACCGUGACGCUGCGGGAUCAGCCGCCGCCAGCGUCGCAGGCGUCGACGACGGAUCGUAGAUCGAAAGAUUUUAGUAAAACAAUCCUAGCUCGCCGGAAGCAUCAAAACUAUGAGAAAAAUCAGUACAUUCACAUACCGCAUCAGGUGCUGCGGUCCGAGCACUACAUUAGGGAUGAUGCUAUUUUUCUGGAGGUUCGGAUCGACCGGGAGAUAUAGUAAAUAAGGGUGAGGCGGGCGAAUGGGUUGCGUUUCAUAGUUCAAUUUAUUUUUUUCAAUGUGUUUUUCUUGUCUGUGUAGAUGUGUUCGUGUAUGUUAAAAUGUUGAAUAUCUUAG